AUGCGGAGGACCGUGGUGGAGGCGGUGCAGGCCGCGGCCGACGCCGCCGGCGCCGGGUCCGGCCUGCGGUUCGCAGCGCUGGACGUGACAACUCUGGCCAACCUGCGGCCGGACGGCCACCUGGGCCCGUACAUGCACAAGGACCCGUUCGCCGGCGGCGGCGCGGGCGGCAGGGUGCAGAACGACUGCGUGCACUGGUGCAUGCCCGGGCCUGUCGGCACGUUCAACGAGAUCCUGCUCCAGAACAUCCUCCGGUGA